AUGUUUAUUUUAGUCUUAUUUGGUUAUAAGCAAUAUAAAGUUUUCACAAUAGAUGUUUUAGGAAGUACAUUAUUGGAUUGUAUAUGGAGUUAAGCAAUAAAGGAAAUAACUAAAGUAAAUUUGAUCUAGGAAUUCAAAAUAGCUACUUACAGCCAAAGAUGAAUAACAUUAGAAAGAUUAAAAGAGUGCCUAAUAGAAAAUAUCCUCAAAUGAGAAGAGAAUAUCAGCAAUCAAUCAAUAAUUAUAAGAGGAAGGGUUACUUGAAGCACCAACAGGAAAAAAAGUUACAAAAUGCAUAUUAAUAUCUAGGAUGACAAAAAGGGAGCUAAACCACCUCCUCAAAAGAAAGGGAAAGAUGCACCUCCAAGCAAUCCUUUAGAAGCAGAAAAAUUGGAGUUAUAAAAGGAUACUGAGAAAUAAUAAGAGUAUGUCACAAAAUAUACUGAUAAAUUGAACAAGAUUAAAGUUAUUAUGGAGAAGUUUAAGGAUUUGAAUGAGAAAUAUCAUAAUGAUUAAUUAGUUAUAGAAUUAUGUGAUAAAACUGGUGAGCGUAAAUUUGUGAAAACAAAAUUAGAUGGGAUUGCAAAUACAUUUUUAAGUGAUAAAGGAACUUAUAUCCUAGCUUAUUUACAAGCACCAGCUACUCGUAAAUUUUAUAUCAUUAAUCAAAUAGCUGAUGAAGAAGAAUAGUUGCUGGCUUUAGAAUUUGAAGGUUAUUUAGCAAGAACAGUUGAUGAAGAUAUUGGAGCAGUGGAAGAACCACUAUUAUAAUUAUAACCAAAAAAAGACGAUAAAAAGAAAAAAGGAAAAAAAUGAUUUAUUUACAAUUUCAUUUGAUAAUCAAAUGCC